UGCGUUCAGUUAGGAUUUACGUAAGCCAAUCACAGCGCACGUAUGUAACUAGCUAAUCGAACGACCCGUUUGCCGCUCACGUUUAAAACAGAAUUCAAGAUGGCGGAGCAUACAGCAUUAUUGUCAAUAUUAGUGGAAGAAAUCGCUGAGGACACAUUAAUGGAGCGUAUUCAGAGCAAUAUUUCAGUUGCUUCUGAUUCCAUUCAUGUUGGUUCAAGUGCUGCACUGAGUCUAGUCAGAGACAUGAUCCGAGAUCCAGUGAGAGUUGAAGGAUAUGUUCCGGAUGUGGUGAACCAUUAUUCAGACAUAGAGUUCAAGUCCCAUUUCCGCAUGAAAAGGUCAACAUUUGAGCAAUUAUGUACAGAUGUUGCACCAUACAUGAGAAGGGAAAGAACAAUGAAAUUGGAAACAAAAAUGUUAGCUACGUUGUGGAUGCUUGGCAAUCUAGAAUGUUACAGAAGUGUGGCUGACCGUUUCGGGAUCAGUAAAGGAACACUUCAUCUGACUGUUAUAUCAACAUGCAAAGCUAUCUCAUCAUUAAAGACUGAUUACAUCAAAUUCCCAGAGAAUCGCACAGAAAUGGACGCAAUAGCUGAGGGAUUCCACAAGAGAUGUGGAAUGCCGGGAGUAGUCGGUGCAAUUGAUGGAACCCACAUUCCAGUCCCAGCUCCUACUUCUGAGCAUAGAGCAUCAUUCAUUAACCGUAAAGGGUUCUCCAGUAUUCAACUCCAGGUUGUGUGUGACAGUAAUUUAAAGCUAUUAGACACUUACACAGGAUGGCCUGGUUCAGUACAUGAUGCCAGAGUUUAUAGAAAUAGCCCAGCUGAUCUGUUCUUGUCUGUGCAACCAAUCUGCACAUCCGUUACGCAUGGAUUAAGGUGUUGUCGCCAUUUACAUUUGCUAAAAGAAACUAAAACUUCCCAUUGUUGCUAG